AUGGUUGCAGCGCCGAGGGUGGAGCGCACGGAAACAGGAAACAUCAGCCCGGGCCUGUGCGGCGAUCCCUGGAGCUCGCUUAGCCGAAGGUUUGUUUUUGCUUCCCAAAGGAGAGCUCCCAAGCGGGAUCCCGUGAGGAUCCCGCGCGGCGUCUCGCUCGGCAGAGGUGGCAGCCCUGGCUCGGGAUCGUUGGUGCGGGAGCGGUGCAGGAGCGCAGCCAUGCGGAGCUGCUACCAAAACCAGAAGUGGGAGCGUGACGAAACGGCUUGUCUCCAAACGCGCCAACGUGGGCCCUGCUCCGGCAGCGCUUCCCGGGGCCGGGCCCUUCCCUCCCCGUGGCCUGGCGCGGCGGUCCCCUCGGUGUCCCCGGGGCGAGCUGAGGACGAGCCCCCGUCCCCGAGCGUGUCCAGCCCCUGGCUUUGCCGCUCCGUGAUUCCUUCUCCCUCUUUCCUCCCUAGCUGCCGGAGCAGCAACAGGAAGAGCUUAGUGGUGGGAACGCCGUCCCCGACCCUCUCGCGGCCUCUCUCCCCGCUCUCCGUGCCUACAGCCGGCAGCAGCCCCCUGGACAGCCCGCGCAGCUUCUCCACCAGCACCUCCGCCAACUUCCCCUUCGCUCGCAGCCAUGCUCCUCGGACUGACAGGGCUGAUGGCAGAAGGUGGUCACUGGCUUCGCUACCCUCGUCUGGCUAUGGGACUAACACCCCCAGCUCCACUGUCUCGUCGUCUUCGUCCUCCCAGGAGCGCCUGCACCAGCUGCCGUACCAGCCCACAGCCGAGAGUCGGCUCGGGAUGGAGAGCAGUGAGGACAGAGCAAAUGGUGGUGACUCUCCAGGGGCAGUAACUAUUUGCAUAGCUGUAAAUGACUUAGAUCUCAUAAUGCAACCCGCGUCUUCCCGCUCCUCCCUCCGCAGCCCCGGCAGAACGAGCGGAACGUUUGAUAACGAGGUUGUGAUGAUGAACCAUGUCUACAAGGAGCGCUUCCCCAAGGCCACGGCCCAAAUGGAGGAGCGGCUGCAGGACACUAUUAGGAACUUCUCCCCGAGCAGCAUCCUGCCGCUGGCGGACGGGGUGCUGGGCUUCAUCCACCACCAGAUCAUCGAGCUGGCCCGGGACUGCCUGGCCAAGUCCCAGGGGGCUCUCAUCACCUCCCGCUACUUCAUGGAGCUGCAGGAGAAACUCGAGAAGAUGCUCAGAGACGCUCAGGAGCGUUCCGAGAGCGAGGAAGUGAAGUUGAUUGACCAGCUGGUGAGGAAGCUGCUGAUAAUAAUCUCCCGUCCUGCCCGCCUUCUGGAAUGCCUGGAGUUUGACCCUGAGGAAUUCUAUCAUCUCCUGGAAGCUGCGGAGGGACAUGCUAAAGUUGGCCAGGGAAUAAAGACGGACAUUCCCCGAUACAUCAUCAGCCAGCUGGGGCUAGUCAAGGACCCGCUGGAAGAAAUGGUCCAGCUGGAUCACUUUGACAGUGGGAACACCAUCACACCGGAGAAUGAUGAUACCUGUGAGAGCCAGCCUUCGGCCGCUGCUCCGCGGAGGAAGCCCUGCGAGGGCGACUUCGAGACCAUCAAGCUCAUCAGCAACGGGGCCUACGGAGCUGUGUACCUGGUGAGGCACAGGGAGACGCGGCAACGUUUUGCCUUAAAGAAAAUCAACAAGCAGAACCUCAUCCUGAGGAACCAGAUCCAGCAGGUGUUUGUGGAGAGGGACAUCCUGACCUUUGCGGAGAACCCUUUCGUGGUCAGCAUGUUCUGCUCCUUCGAGACGAAGCGGCACCUCUGCAUGGUGAUGGAGUACGUGGAAGGGGGGGACUGCGCCACGCUGCUGAAGAACAUGGGCCCGCUGCCCGUGGACAUGGCCAAGAUGUACUUCGCGGAGACCGUUCUCGCACUGGAAUAUCUCCACAACUACGGCAUCGUGCACAGGGACCUCAAACCUGACAAUUUGCUGAUCACCUCCAUGGGCCACAUCAAACUCACAGAUUUUGGUCUGUCAAAGAUUGGCCUGAUGAAUAUGACCACGAACCUGUACGAGGGGCACAUCGAGAAGGACACUCGGGAGUUCAUGGACAAGCAGGUGUGUGGCACUCCGGAGUACAUCGCGCCAGAAGUCAUCCUCAUCCAGGGCUACGGGAAGCCUGUCGACUGGUGGGCUAUGGGCAUCAUCCUGUACGAGUUCCUGGUGGGCUGUGUCCCCUUCUUUGGAGACACCCCCGAGGAGCUCUUCGGGCAGGUCAUCAGCGAUGAAAUCAUAUGGCCUGAAGGAGAUGAGGCCCUUCCUGCCGACGCUCAGGACUUGAUCACACGGUUGCUGCGGCAGUGCCCGCUCGAGCGCUUGGGCACCGGCGGUGCCCACGAGGUGAAGCACCAUUCCUUCUUCCUGCACCUGGACUGGAACGGGCUGCUCCGGCAGAAGGCAGAAUUCAUCCCCCAGCUCGAGUCAGAGGAUGACACCAGCUACUUUGACACUCGCUCCGAGAGGUACCGUCACUUGGAUUCAGAGGAUGAAGAAACCAACGAUGAGGAAUCGUCUGUGGAGAUUGGCCAGUUCUCUUCCUGCUCCCAUCGCUUCAGCAAGGUUUACAGCAGCUCCGAAUACCUGGCAACUCACUCCAACCUCAGCCUCUCAUCCUCGGAACGGAGUCACAGCGAGGAGAAAGAGGACAGGACAGAGCGAUGGGACAGGAGCUCGGGAGAUGAGGACAAGAGCCGCCCCGUGGUCCCAGAGACCCGGCUGCGCGCGUGGACGUCCUGCAGCUCCACGCCGUACACCCAGCCCGAGCGCAGCCGCAGCCCUGCCGCUCUGACCAGCACCUACAGCCUCGAGACCAUGCCCAAGUUUGCCUUCUCCUCGGAAGACGAAAGCCCCUGCCUGGCGCCUUCCAAGCCGGAGAGACCCACGUUUGUGCUGGGAGAUCCCGACGCAGGGGGACCUGUGAAGCCAUCGGCAUUAGCUGAUCUCGUCAGCCUGAACCGCAUCCGCCUCCGGAGCAACAGCACUGGCACCAAGAACUCCACUCCCCGGGGCUUGGAGCCAGGCGGCAGCCGGCGUCUGAGCAGCCAGAAGGACGUGUCAGACAAGCAGAGAGUCUCACCGGGCAGCCGAGUGCCCAAGUCUGCCUCUGUCUCAGCCCUGUCGCUCAUCAUCACGUCAGACGACUUGAGCAGCGGUGCCCUCAUGAGCCCCAUCUCCCCCCACUCCCUCUCUUCCAACCCGUCGUCCCGCGACUCGUCCCCAAGCCGAGACUCCUCCCUCGCCAUCACCAGCCUGCGGCCCCCCAUCCUCAUCCACAGCUCGGGCAAGAAGUACGGCUUCACGCUGCGAGCCAUCCGCGUGUACAUGGGCGACAGCGACGUGUACGCCGUGCACCACAUGGUGUGGAGCGUGGAAGACGGGAGCCCAGCCCAAGAAGCGGGGCUGAGAGCGGGUGACCUCAUCACGCACGUGAACGGGGAGUCCGUGCUGGGCUUAGUCCACAGGGACGUGGUGGAGCUGCUGCUGAAGAGCGGCAAUAAAGUAGCGCUGCGGACCACUGCCCUGGAGAAUACAUCCAUAAAAAUUGGCCCUGCGCGGAAAAACAGCUCCAAGACUAGGAUGGCCCGAAGGAGUAAGAAGAGCAGGAAAAGGGACAACCAGGACAGGAGGAAAUCCCUUUUCAAGAAGAUCUCCAAGCAGUCAACGGUCCUGCACACCAGCCGCAGCUUCUCCUCCGGCCUCCACCACUCGCUGUCCUCGAGCGAGAGCCUCCCGGAGUCGCCCACGCACAGCCUGUCCCCCGGCCCCCCGACGCCGUGUCGCAGCCCCGCACCAGACCUGCCCCCAGAUGCUGCGUCCCCGCAGAGCACCUCUCCCUCCUCCAGCACCCCCGGCUCUCCGGCCGGCCACGUCCGCCCCAGCUCCCUGCACGGGCUGGCGCCCAAGCUCGGCGGGCAGCGCUACAAGGUGGGACGCCGCAAGUCCACGAGCAGCAUCCCCCCCUCGCCCCUCGCCUGCACCCCCUGCUCCGCCCAGCGGCCGCCUUCCCCCCAGCGCUCGCCGUCGCCGCUGCCCGGGUACCCCAAAAACGUCCAUUCCUUCCAGGGCAAGACUCUGUCCCCCCCCACCAUGGUCAGACACGGCUCUCGGCCGCGCAGCGCCGAGUGCCCCAGGUCCCCCCUGCUCAAGCGCGUCCAGUCCGCGGAGAAGAUGGCAACGUACCUGGCGGAGAAGAGAACCGUCGGCAGCCGCAAGCUGGGGCUGGAGCCGCCUCCGGCUGACAGGACAGGAGAGGCCUUGGGAGAGGGCGAGGGGCCCGCGGAACACGGCUACGCCGGGACGUGCCGCAUGCGGGAGUGGCCGGGGGACAGGCAUGACCAAGAGGUGGUUGUCAUGAGGAGGCUGAACCUCUCCGAGCGCCGCGACUCCUUCAAGAAGCAAGAGGCCGUCCAAGAAGUGAGUUUCGACGAGCCCGAGCUGCUGCCGGUAAGCAAAGAGGGCCCUGCUGAGCAGGAGGAGCAGGAGGCAGCGGCGUCGCCCCCGCGCUCCGAGCAGCCCUUCCUGGCAGCCCGUGCUCCGACCCGCUGGUUCCUCGCCGCGUCCCCGCUCGCCAGCGCGGGAUUAUGUUCGUCUCCUUCUCCCUGUGCUCCAUCGUUUGGCUGA